AUACAGCAAUACUCAAACUAUGGAACAUGAAGUUAUCAAUGUUUUAUUAAUGAGUCUGACUCAUUUAGAUAAUAGAUGUUCUACACAUUGUGUUGACUGAAUAAUUGUGAAUUUCAGUUUGAUACAUUCAAAAUCACUGUUUGAUAUGAAAUGUAGUCUUGGAGAACCUGAGUGAAAACAUAGGUAUCUCUGACAUUGUUUAUCCUUGUUUUAAGUGCCAGUCUCUGCAGUGAUGUAGAUGUGUUGUACAGACAUGUUCUCCAUAAAGAGUCCAGAGGACAUGUUCUCCAUAAAGAGAGUCCAGAGGACAUGUUCUCCAUAAAGAGAGUCCAGAGGACAUGUUCUCCAUAAAGAGAGUCCAGAGGACAUGUUCUCCAUAAAGAGUCCAGAGGACAUGUUCUCCAUAAAGAGAGUCCAGAGGACAUGUUCUCCAUAAAGAGAGUCCAGAGGACAUGUUCUCCAUAAAGAGAGUCCAGAGGACAUGUUCUCCAUAAAGAGAGUCCAGAGGACAUGUUCUCCAUAAAGAGAGUCCAGAGGACAUGUUCUCCAUAAAGAGAGUCCAGAGGACAUGUUCUCCAUAAAGAGAGUCCAGAGGACAUGUUCUCCAUAAAGAGAGUCCAGAGGUUGGCUCCUCAGUGAGGUUCUGUCUCAUUCCAGGAGGAACUCCAGACUGACCUGAUGCCCUUACAGGAGAAGCUGAAGGUCUUUAAUAAAGUUAAACAAACCUGUGAUCAAACAGCAGUGCACAUUAAGAGCCAGGCCCAGCACACAGAGAAGCAGAUUAAGGAGUUUGAGAAACCAGUUUCUACAAGAGGAAGAGGAGCCAGGAUAGCUGUUCUGAAAGAGGAAGAGAAGCAGAAGAGUCAGAAUAUGAAGGAGAAGAUUGAGCAGAUGAACAGAGAGAUAUCACUUUCAGACACAAUCAGAGCCAUAGAGGGGGAGCUGAAAGAUGAAGACAUCUCAUUCCUGCAGAACUUCAAGACCAUGAAGGAAAGAGCCCAGUGCACAAUGCCAGAUCCACAGCUGGUGUCAGGGGGGCUGAUAGACGUGGCCAAACACCUGGGAAACCUGAAGUUCAGAGUCUGGGAGAAGAUGAAGGAGAUCAUCAAACACACUCCUGUGAUUCUGGAUCCCAACACUGCAUCCUCCCGUCUCUCUCUGUCUGAUGAUCUGACCAGUGUGAGUCGAACUGACCCAGAGCAGCAGGUCCCUGACAACCCAGAGAGAUUCAUGACGUAUUCAACUAUUCUGGGCUCUAAGGGGUUCAGCUCAGGUAAACACAGCUGGGAGGUGGAGCUGGGGGAUCAUCCUGUCUGGAACCUGGGCGUGGCUAAAGAGUCAGUUGACAGGAAGGGGGAGCUGUUUGCAUCACCAGAGUAUGGAAUCUGGUCUAUACUGCUGAAUAGUGGUACGUAUACUAAUGGAAAGGGAGAGACCCUCCUCCUGAAGAAGAAACCCCAGAGGAUCAGAGUGCAGCUGGACUACGACCAGGGGGAGGUGUCCUUCUACGACUCCAAAGACAUGACACUCAUCUACAGUCAUAAAGACACAUUCACUGAGACUCUCUACCCGUACUUCUCUAUUGGAUCAGCUGGUGAUGCCAAAUGCACUGUUGUUCAGAUCUGCCAAUCAGAGGUGUGAGUGAAAUUACUAGAUUAUGUUACAAUACUGUUAUUGUAUCAAAUGGUUGUUUUCUGGAGAAGAAUAGUGUUUUAGAACUCUCGUCUGUGCGUGUUCUUCUGAGUUGGACCUCUGGGACUUAAUGCUGAUAGUAGAUUUACCAUCCAUUCAUGUGAGGGAGAUUGCGCCGGUUUGACUGGAAGGUACCAGGGAGAGAUGGCUCGGGUAUAGAUACUUAUGAGAGGAACCCUGUUUUGGGGACCAGACCCUGGUUUACUCACAAUGAGAACAGUCUUUACAGCAGAUACUGUCUGCUGUUAAUAAUUAAUACAUUUAAUAUGAAUCCAAACCUUGUGACCCAUUCCACACAUCUGUUGUUUAUCAUGUAGACUAAG